AUUCAACACUCAAAGGCACAACAACAUUGUCAUUGACAUUACACUCACUACUCCAACUAUCAACUCUUGGUUGCACCUCAUCUCCGCUCGGUAGAGCAUCAGCCCUCCCUCACCUCACACCACACCUCACCCCCAACCACCCGCACCAACCACCCACACCACCAUGCCCGCCUCGACGACCGGCUCCACCACCCCGGCCAGCGACAAGUCGACCUCGGCGUCGCCCACCAUCGCGCCGCUGCACAACCCCGCCAAGGGCGCAGUCGUCGUGCAGCAGCAGGCGCCGUUAGGCUCGACGCAUCCCAACACCGUCAUCCCGGGCCAGACACCCGACCCCUCGGUCCCCGGCGCCGCCCUCGGCGCCAAGGCCCUCCUCGCCAAGAAGUUUGCCAAACCCAACACGGUGUCGCCGACCGACGCCCUCCAGAGCCCGUGUACCCAGAAGCUCGCCGACGCCAAGGGCCGCCGCUUCAGCAACAAGGGCAAGCCGGCAUCGCUUGCGUCGCGCCUCAACGCGCUGCAGCGGGACGAGAACGCAAAGUAACUCGACGACGAACCGACUCGGCCCGCCACCACUGUACAUCCACCCACGACUCUGAUAUGUCUCUGCGCACACUGCGCCCAGCACCCAGCGCCCCGCCCCGCCCCGCCCCGAUGAUCACCUAGCACCAUGUACACCUCUUACGACCGCG